CAAUCCGAAUAUAAUAUCCACGUGUCGGUAUUCGUUGGCCUAUCUCUUGUUUAGUUGUAGUUGUAGGAAAAUGGAGGCGGAUAGCCCACAGCCCUCAGGAGCCUCCAAAGUCGACCUCCCGAACGAUCCAGGGAAGAUGUUCGUCGGAGGCUUGAGUUGGGAAACUACCGCAGAGGGACUGCAGACGUACUUCAGCAAGUAUGGUGACUUGAAGGAGUGCUUAGUUAUGAGGGAUCCGAACACUAAACAAUCAAGGGGGUUUGGGUUUGUAACUUUUGAAGAUCCAGCCGCUGUCGAUGCCGUGCUGAAAGCAGGCCCACAUGAACUCGACCACAAAAAGAUCGAUCCCAAAGUCGCCGUGCCCAAGAGACCUCAGCCAAAGAUGGUUACAAGAACAAAAAAGAUUUUUGUUGGCGGUGUGUCUGCUUCCACUACUGAGGAGGACUUGACUAAUUAUUUUAAGCAACAUGGAGAGGUCUCAGAAGCCAAGCUUAUGUAUGACAAAGUUACCCAUCGACACAGAGGUUUUGGUUUUGUAACUUUUGAAAGUGAAGAUGCUGCGGAAAGUGCCUGUGAGGAACAGUUCCAUCUGAUCAACGAUAAAAAGACUGAGGUAAAGAAAGCUCAACCUAGAGAAGUGAUGCAAAGUUUGCAAGGUGGGCGUGGUCGUGCUGGUAGAACCUUAGCUGGGCGAGGAUUCUUGUACAAUCCCUUUGCUCCUGGAUUUCCUCGUGGUUUUGCUCCAUCUGGUUUUGGUCCAGGAUUUGGAAGCUACCCAUUUCCAGGUUCCUAUCCAGCUGCAGCUGCAGCUGCUGCAGCAUUUGCAGCACAAAACAGACAAGUGAGAGGCAAAGGGCGAGGAUAUCUGGGAAACUAUCCAGGAAUGCUUGGUUUCACAGGUUACCCUGCUGGAUAUAUGAACCCUGCGGACCAGAGAGGACGGACACCAGGUGGUCAAUACUAUGCAGAAUAUGCCACCAUAAAUAACCAGGGAGGACGUUCAGGACCUAACAGACCACCAGACAUCCCUCAAGUUAACCCAGCCAUGCAGGAUUACACUGACUACCCAGGUAUGAACUACCCAACCCAGGCAUUUGGUCCACCCCCACCCUCUCCUGUGUCGAGAGCAUUUGCAACAGCUGCGACAAGCCCAGGACCUGUUCAAGACCUUAGCAGUUAUAUCAACUCUGCCACAAAUACUACAGCAGAUGGUUUGGGAUAUACAGCCACCAGUCCUCAGCCUACAGGCUUUGGCCAUGCCAUGGCAUUCUGACGGAGGAGUGCAUCACUAUUGCAGUUGGGCACUGAAGAAGCAGUGACUUCUUCCUGGGACUCUGCUCAAGUGUCAAUGUUACAAACUUGUUUCAAGUCAGAAUUCUGCUUUUGAUGUUGCCGCCAUAAGGUUUCACAAUGAAGGUACAAAACCACAUUGAUUCUGAGGCGUCUUAUAUCAAAAAAUUAUCCCUGCUUAGUGUCUGAAAGAAGUAAGGGAAACAGUUUUAAUGAACUCGUCUUAAUUUUAACGUAGUUGUAGAGAUAUAAAUUUUGGUUCCUAUAAGGGUGUAAGGUUUUUUCUUAGAUAUACAACGCACACAAUUUUCUGUAAUUCAGGUGUAGUAGGGUUUAAACGGAAGGGUGGGACAAGUGUUUGGCGGUUAUCAAGGCCAGUUUUAUUGCUACAGAAUGUAUGUGAAAAAAUCAACCCGACUCCCAUUCCAGAGUCCAGAUACACCGCAACUCAGGGUCAUUGUUUGAUUCCUGAAAAACAAGCACAUGAUUAGCACGAGAUUAGGCACGUGCUUGUUUAUAGUUUCAAUCAAAAUUAAAGGAAUUUUCAAGAGUAUUGCCACAUUGGAACAUUGUGAUUUCAGUUAAAAACAAUAAUCAACUAACAUUAUUAAAAACAAAAACAGUAAAAACAAGAAAGCAACAUGGAAUAAACGAGAACUUUGUCUUAAAAUUUGAUGACGAAAGUCAAGAAGCAUUUCCAGAAUCACGGUGAAAAUCUCCCUUCUCAAUUUGUAACAUCAUAGUGGCACAAACAAGGGUUUUUCUCUAUGUGCUCCAAAGGUCUUCAACUUGAAAAUUCCUUCAAUGUUUGUCCCAGAGGACGUAGUUAUAAUGUUUGCUGAUUAGUGAGAUUUGUAGAUCAAAAAGGAACGGUCAUGUUGGCGUUAUCUUGGACAAGUUAACGUUACUGAAAUAGAUAAAAUGCACGGUUCUGCACAAAGUAAGGUAUGGAAUAGUUAAGGUAUAUUUGGGUAUCAAGUUAAACUACAGUGUAGCGUCAUAGGACUAGAAAAACAUGGUUAGCAGUUCUCUCAUGCCCCCCGGAGUAUUCGUUAUUCUGUGUAUGUAAAUGACAUCAAAUGUCACUCUUUAAUACGUUUCUUUUUCUGGUUUUUCGACUGAUCUGAUUUGUUGUAUGAAAAAUGUGUCUUUUUGUUUGUCAGUUUCAAAAACUGGCCUUUUACGACGAGCAGAUGAAGGCGCAUGAGACAUUUUGAUUGAGUGUUUUAUUAAAUUGCGUGGCGCGCUUAGAAGUACGAUAUAUGAUUCAUUUCAGUCAUGUGCAUUGAGGAUGCGUCAGGUUGCCAAGCAACGUCGCUGACGGACACCGCGUACUCGGUCUAUUCUUCAAGACGAGCUAUCGUUGCUUUCAUCUGCUCCUCGUUACUUUGAGAAAACUUAGACAUCAGCAUUUCAUCGCUGGUUUUGUGAGGGAAUUUAGUAUCACUUGUUACGCCACUUUAUAAGUGACGGAUGCAAGCAAGAAGAAACAAGCAAAAAAUAGUGCACUGGUAGUGUUUUAGUUUAAGACAACGAACGUGUGAAGUUAUUUAAGUUUUCUCAAAAGAAAAAUUAAUAAUAAAUCCAAGAGAUUUUAUUCGUGAGCAUGCGCCACGCACAGCCAAGAAUGUGGAGAGAGAAACGAGUAGUUUUGCCACUCUAAUAACUUAUCAACUGUUGUAGAUAUUUAAAGUGGUGAAACUAAACUGCCAAGUUAGAUGAUGUUCAAGUUAGGUCCUGAUCAUUUAAAUUAUUAUGUAUGUUGUUAUAUUUCACAAAAUAAUAAAUUCACAACGUUCCCGUUUGCGAUCUCAACGUUUAUAUCUUAUGGUCAUUUAGAAAAUCAAAAUGAUCAGGACUUGACGAAGUAGAGAGGGCCAAACAUUAGAGGCCUGGCUGAAAAAAAGAGAAAUUGAUUCACCAAUCUAAAGUGAAAUUUGAAUGCGUACUCACAAAGAAAUCGAGUACCCUAUAUUUAUUCUUAUCUGUUAUGUUUCUUGAUAAUCUAUUAUUUCUUAAAGUAUAUUCACAUUUUUAGUGAUAUUUGGCGAUCCCUAGUUCGUAUCACGCCAGCACUAAAUUGUGUUACACAGUUUCGCCUUAUCAGUCAAUUUUGAGCUAAAUUCCUAAGAUAUUUAUCCGAGAGAGUUGAGCCGCGUUAAUCUUUGUUCUAUGUAAUGAGGAAAAACGAAUUAUGAAACUACACCUUGUUUUUUUUUUUUGCAUUCAAAUCAGCAGCUUUGUGAAAAAAAAAAAGCCAAUUUCAAUUUGUUUAAGUUUUUUAUUUUUCUUUCAAUGUGUAACUCAAAUGGUUCUGGAAAGAAAGAAGUAUCCUGUAGUUAUCGCUACAUCAAUGUAUGAUGUCGAUUAACAGGAAAAAAAAUAGAGGGAAAGGCCAGGAAUAAGUUAAGAUACCAACUUUUCGCCAAAUCAUUUUUUUUCGUUUAGUGAACAGAGACGUAGUAGUCAAUUCUUCAAUUUCAACUUUUUAGGGGGUGUCUUGUUUUCCUUUGUGGGGAAUGCGCUGUGGCUACCUAAACUUUUUGUCUUUGCUAUAAAAAAAGUCCUUGCUGCAAGAAUCAUGAAGCUAAAACCCAAUGUCGUUUAUACGAUUUUUAGACUGAAAGGUUUUUCUUUUGCAUUUAAUAAGACUGCAGAACGUGUAGAAGGCGUUCCUUUGUUUUUAAUUUGAAAACCUGGCUUACCUGAUCUUGAUUAUCAUUUAAUCCUUUUUUAAAACGAAGUAGCAUAAUCAUAGAUACAAUGAUGAUAUUGUUGUGAACUGUGCUCAAGCGACAGCUUUAGCCUCCUUGGGGAUGUCACGCAACGCUACUACCUGUAACGGAGUGUUGUGUGACGACCCGAAUAACGCCUGCAAAGGAGGUUCGUAGUAACCCCGCUGAAUUUUAUUUGACUAGUUAGAUUACAACCAGUAUUGCUUGUAAAGAGUACCGAUAGUAGGUAGUAGAUUUUUAAAACGUAAGACCAUUCGUAUGCGUAAUUUUGUAACAAAUUUAUCUUCUACCACAUGUUUGUACUGAUCGUUUUCCCGUCUAAAAUAGUCAGCAAAACAAGUUAAAAAUAUCAAAAAUACAAAGUUUUUAAACUAAAUUUAAUGUGGAAAACUAAACCUAAGCAGUGAGUGUUUUACGAUGCGUGAUUUUUACCUGUUGGCUGUCUUACACGGGACAACAAGUUUGUGAUAAGAGAUUAUUGAACGUAUUUUAUUCGAAAAAGGAGAGUAAGUAUAUAUUUUCAAAGGUUUCUUAAAAUCGUUCAAAACUUUGAAAGAAAUCUUAAUACAGAGCGUGAUGAUUUGUAUCAGUCGCGAUCUUUAUUUGUAGUGGUUGGUGCCGCGCGUAGGGCAAAAAGCGUUAACUUGUUAAUAAGCUUCACCAUAGAAGAGUUAGCUUCAACAGCCACUAUUAUUGUAUAGGCAAUGUUAUAAGGUACACCAGGCAAGAUUGAUGACGCUAAGGGCCAAACCGUGCAUAUGUUGAACAUCUACUAAGGCCUCGGAAACACCGUGCGAUAUUUCUCACGAGAGAAUAGCAGCUCGUGUCCACACAGUUGUUUCACGCAGAUAACAAUAUUUAAGACGUAGAGUGAUGUGAGGGACAAACGCUGUGCAAAGGUGCACCGUGUGCCCAGUGCUUUAGAUGCAAUCAUUCUCUCAUUUCUGUCCUGCGAGGCGGUAAAUAUUUAUCGUAAUCUACUCUUUUGUUAGCUGAAUAUUUCAUCUGCCUGUUAUAACCCUAUUCAUACUAGUGUGGGUUUGGGGGGAGGGAGAAUUUUGAGACCUUCACCGACAUUGAAGGCUUGUAACUUUAAAAGCAUCAAAGCAAUGGACUCCAAAUGUGGCGACUUUCGAUAAAACGGUCCUCUGAACAACUUGGCAUAUAUUAUCAAAAUCAAUGUUCUUGAUUUUUUCCAUGCAACCAUAUUUUGAUUGGCAUGUUUUUCAAAUUUUGAAUUUUGUUGUUUUUACGAAAUAUAAUUGAGCUUUAUUGCAGCAGCCCUCUUUGGUAAUUUUAACUUUCUGUAUCGGUUUUGACUUUUUCGAAUCAUUUUUGCGAUUUUCUAGCGUUUUACUAAGAAUCAUAAAAUUCAAGAUGGUGGCCGUUCAGAAAUGGUGGCGUUAUUUCUAAGUCGCGUGACAUAAUCGUUCCAUGUUAAGGACCUCAAAGAAAACAUUAUUGGACCGUUUUUUCCUUUUUUGUUUUCAUUUUCAUAGCUAUAAUGGUCUUAAAGUUACAAGAUGAAGGCCUCAAAAAUCCCCCCCCCCUCCUCUCUCUCUCUCUCUUGCCUGCCACUGAAGCAAAUCAGCCUGUAAGCGUCAUAUACUUGUGGUGGUGUUACCUAAUAAAGUGCUACUGAAUUAGUCCGCUGCAGCUCUCGCCAAAAACCACUCUAAGAGCGAAUUAUCAUAGAACAGGAUAGUUGUUUAGGUCCUCAGGGGUGCCGCACGCCUACAGAACAGACAGAAUAUUGUUAAUGUUAAUCACGCCCAGGGCGGUAACUGGCACGAGAACAGCUUUGACAUUCAUGGCAACAGUGCAGUGUUCCAAACACUUUGCAAAUGCUGUUGAUGAGCCAAGUUAGGUCAAGAAUUGAAGCAGUGCUGUAAGGCGUGUCGACACCCUUUAGGAAUUGGGUAUAUAGUUCAUUUGUUGCAUGGAUUUCAUCAAAUGAAUCCACGUUUGCUACUAGUUUUAAUCUACCUAGUCAUGCUGUGUUAAACACUCGGAAAAUCUAGUCCUUGAAACAUGAUGUAUAUGGCUGUAUUUCAAUGGAUAAAAUUUGUACAGAGAA